AUGUACCGUCUAAAGUCCUGUGUUGAUUUCAAACCCUAUGAGGGCGAGAAGACAUACAUCAAAUUUGAGAAGAGAGACGGGUGCUGGUCGUAUGUUGGAGAUCUACAGAAUGGGCAGGUGCUUUCUCUGGGGCCUGGCUGUGAUCAUAAGGCUGUGAUUGAGCAUGAGCUGCUGCAUGCCCUGGGCUUUUACCACACACAGUCUCGCCAGGACCGAGAUGACUAUGUGAAGAUCUGGCUAGAUCAGGUCACUGAAGGCAUGGAGCAUAACUUAAACAAAUAUGACGAUAGUUUUGUCACAGAUCUAAAUACUCCAUAUGACUAUGAAUCUGUCAUGCAUUAUCGUCCAUUUGCUUUCAACAAAGACCCCAAUAUUCCUACCAUCACCACCAACAUCCCAGAGUUCUUCAACAUCAUAGGGCAAUACCUGGACUUUAGUGAGAUGGAUAUUGUCAGACUGAAUCGAAUGUACAACUGCU